AAAUGCUAAAUAUUUUAUUUAUUUAUUUAUUAAGAAGUGGGUAAAAUAAAAUAGCUAUAUGCGGCUAGACCAUGCUUUAAAACAGACCCUAAAAUGCAUUUUGCCUCGGAAGAAGCAGACGAGAGGGCUGACAGUUAAAAGGACACUAGAUGCGGGAGUCUUGUCUGUGGGCAGGAUCAGCUCCAAAAGUCAAAAUGAGGUCACCUGAAAAAGGAAUUGCUGUAAAGGAUCCUACAGCUGUAGAAAGAGCAAACUUAUUGAAUAUGGCUAAACUGAGUAUCAAAGGCCUCAUUGAGUCAGCGCUGAGCUUUGGCCGCACUCUGGAUUCCGACUACCCCCCUCUGCAGCAGUUCUUCGUUGUCAUGGAGCACUGCCUCAAGCACGGCUUGAAAGUAAGAAAAUCCUUUCUAAGUUACAAUAAAACCAUCUGGGGUCCUCUGGAACUUGUGGAGAAGUUAUAUCCAGAAGCUGAGGAAAUAGCAGCAAGUGUCAGAGAUUUGCCCGGCCUUAAGACGCCGCUGGGCCGUGCCCGGGCCUGGCUGCGGUUGGCACUGAUGCAAAAGAAAAUGGCUGAUUAUCUUCGCUGUUUGAUCAUCCAGAGAGAUCUCCUCAGUGAAUUUUAUGAGUACCACGCUCUGAUGAUGGAGGAAGAAGGAGCAGUAAUUGUUGGGCUGUUGGUUGGGUUAAAUGUGAUAGAUGCCAACCUGUGUGUGAAGGGAGAAGACCUGGAUUCACAAGUUGGGGUGAUUGAUUUCUCUGUGUAUUUGAAGAGUGAUGAUGACAUCGGGGGUAAGGAAAGAGAUGUUCAGAUUGCUGCAAUAUUGGACCAAAAGAAUUAUGUUGAAGAACUAAACAGGCAACUGAAUAGCACAGUCAGCAGCCUCCAUGCAAGGGUUGAUUCACUGGAGAAAUCAAACACUAAACUGAUCGAAGAGUUAGCGAUAGCUAAAAACAAUAUAAUUAAACUCCAGGAAGAAAACCAUCAAUUAAGGAGUGAAAAUACUCUGAUUUUAAUGAAAACCCAGCAUCAUCUAGAGGCAACUAAAGUGGAUGUUGAAGCAGAACUUCAGACCUACAAACACUCCAGGCAGGGUUUGGAUGAGAUGUACAGUGAAGCUCGCAGGCAGCUUCGGGAGGAGUCCCAGCUUCGACAGGAUAUGGAGAAUGAGCUGGUGGUUCAAGUCAGUAUGAAACACGAGAUAGAGCUUGCCAUGAAGUUGCUGGAGAAGGAUAUCCAUGAGAAGCAGGAUACCCUCAUCGGCCUCCGCCAGCAGCUUGAUGAAGUUAAAGCAAUUAACAUGGAAAUGUACCAAAAGCUGCAGGUUUCUGAAGAUGCUAUGAAAGAAAAGAGUGAAAUAAUUAGUCGAUUAGAGGAUAAGACCAAUCAAAUUAAUGCAGCUAUGAAACAACUAGAACAAAGUGACAAAGAUCUGUUAACUCAAACUAGGACUAUUGCAAUGUCAUUCGUCAAAUGUGCCAGCAAUGAAGCUCAGCACCAGUAUAAGCUUGUCAAGGAUAUAUCAUUCUGAAAGCUCCUCCUCAUCUGCUGGGUUGAAAUAGUUACUGAUAAAAUAGACCUUCAGAACUUUAAAAUUCAGACUUGAAAGUGGUAUUAGAAAUCCUGCACUGUAACUGGUCGUAGCUGGGUUCUGUUUUGUUUUCUGAAAGAACAUCACCUCCGAUCUCACUUAUCCCUCUUAAAAAACCAGUAAAUUACUGCACUAUUACUAAGCAAAUGUGAGCUAGUUUUCUAAUGCUAUUUAAUCACUUCUUAGUUGUCGAACAAAGUUUAUUGUAGGAGGUUAAAUACCUUUUCCCCUGCUUUCUGCUUUCAGUUGUAGGCUGUAUUUAUCCCCAAAGCGGGCUCUCUGUUGGGUGUUGUGGUUGUAACGAGCGCUGUUUUACACAGAGUGACAGGAGUUUAGGGAAGAGGAGCUGGGUGUUCUAUCAGAACAAUGUGUGUGAGAAAAGAGGGUGCUGCCAACAUAUAUAAUCUGUAUGUACAGUGAAAGAAUUAUGGGGUUUGGGGAUAAAACAGCUAAAGCACAAUUCCAUUUUGCUGAUGUCAUGUGGUGAAAUAUUUUCAUGGAGCCUGACUUGGGUGGGACUCCAGACAGGAGGGGACAGUAGGUUCUGUAGCUGUGCCUCCUGCCCAGAGCAGCUGCACCCUGCUGGCUGCUGGGAAAGGUGCAGUGGUAAAUAGGGUCUAGGGUUAGGGCCCAGCCCCUGAACUUGUCCGACUGGUUUGUCAGCGGAGGAUCUGCCUGGCUGCGUCUGCACAUCAACACCCCAACACCCGUGGGAGUGCCCAAAGCCUUUUCCCUCCCUCCACCCAUCACUAGGCUGCCUUUACAACUCUAAUUUCUGCUGUGAGUUGCUGCUUGGCUGCACUGCAGAAAUAAGAGAGUUUAACCUCCUGACUGCCCCUGAUACACUUCCUGAUGUUUGCUCUGAAAUUUGUAGUGCAGGUUGACUGGGAAAGUAAUCUUCAGGUCUUUCAGCAGAAGGGGAUAUGUUUGCAAAAGUGGGCAGGACACAAUAAUACAGAAAGGUUUCUACUCCAUGGUUAUAUGCUGCCUUAUUCCUUAGUUUGGAGUCAGAAAGAGCCUGUAACAUGGGCUGGCUACUGAAAAAUAAAAGUAAAUAUCUUCCAUCCUCAAAGAAAACCCAAACCACAAGCACUGACUAGACCAGUGGGUGGACCAUAGCAGGAAUGGGAGCACUGUCCAUCUGACAGUCUGUGCAGACAGGUGUCUGCCCCAGUACCAUCUGAGUGGCCAAUCCAGCUGCAAACUGGGGCCAGCUCAGUCUCUGAGUGAAUGCCAGCAGUGCAGUCAGGCCCAGCACCCAGGGGACGGGGCUGCAGCUUUUGGGCAGCAGGUCCCUUUCUGCCUUGCUUGUGGAAACUACACUGGAGUAGAUUUUGCUGUUGGUGUUAAUGUCCUGUGUAGCUUCAUUCAGCUUUUGCACAGGGAACUGACCUGCUUUCCCCAGUAUUCUUCUUGGCAUGUUUUGGCCCUCUGUGCACUACCAUUGCAAGUAUGACUGGGAGCAUUCUCAACCCCCCUGGGACAGCUGAGGUAGUGCACACUGGAUAAGAUUAAUUCCAGCCUUUGUUCACUUGUUUACUGGCAGCUUUUGCAAACUCCUGCUGGUGCAUCAGCAGAAGCCCAGAGGCAAACAUAUUGCUGAUUUACCUCUUUUUAGCUGACACUGGAGUUGAGGCGCUCUGUGUUCAGGUAGCUGCUGGAAGUGAGAAAUCAAGCAUCUCUCAGAUUUCUCCCACCACUUACCUGAGAGGCCCUUAAACAUUUUUGCUAAAUGGGAUGCAGCAGGUGGGGACAUUCAGUGGUCCUUCACAGGCUCUUCCACUCUCCUGCCUUUUCAUCCAGGCAGGGGUAGCCUGAUGAAGCACAAGUCCCAUUUUAGUACAUUCCCUUUGGUUACAUUACAUCCAUCUUUUUUUUUGCACUAAAGAGGUGACCAAGCAGAGAGGACCCACAGUGAAGUAAUGGAUUCCAAGGGGAGUGUUAGCUGAAGCAGGCACAAACCCCUGGAAUUCAGUAAGGAAAGAUUAAAUAAAAAAACCAAUCCCUCAUUUCUUGAUGAAUCGUUUUUAUUUGUCUAUAAUAUGGAGCUAUUUUAACCAGUGUAAGAAUGCAUUAUUUUUAAUACAGAUUAUUUAAUUUAAGAAUAUGAUGUGGUUGAAAUAGUUCUAUAAGUGUAGUGGGACCUGUCAGGGUGUGCUUUGAUGUCUUAGGCUAGUUAAGUUUUUUGCUGUCUGACUGCAGUGCUCUGUAUUCAGCCUUAAGCCUCAAUUGUUUUGAGCUGCUUUUGCACAACACAUGCUCUGCCCCCUCUUAAUGGGUGACUAGUGUGAGCCAGGAUUUUUUUUUGGGGGGGGAAAAAAAGCUUCAAAAAAUACCACAUGAAGGAAUGCUAAAGGAAAAAGAAAAGCAUCAAGUUCUGUGCUUCAAUUCAAACUCUGUAUCAUCAUGCUUUGGCACCUGUUAUUCAUGAGCAGAAAAUAAAGCAGUGAUUGCUGACA